AUGGCAGCCAAGGGAGUAAAGAAUCGAGACAAAGCAAGCGAUGAUGCGUCGAAGUCCCAUCUUCGAACUGAAGAUCUCUACGCAAUCGUCACCUGGCUUGAACAUCCACCUAACUUCGUGAAGUGCUUUGGGACAACCGGGAAGCCCUCAGUGGGGAAACAGUCGACGAAAACCAGCGGUUUCAAGGAGAUGGCCAACACUCUGUUCACUAGCAGCAAGGGGAAGUUUAAUCUUAAGCCUCAUCAAAUGCGCAACCGCUUUACUACAUACAAGGUGCGGUACCUACAGGACGCAGCGAAGGGAAUUCACACGCUGAAGCAAAAACUUGACUUCAUGUGCCCUUGGUACGAGAAAAUGAACGAUCUUUUUGGUAAGAAGUCUAAUGUUACCCCACUAGACUCUUUUGAUUCCACCGAAGUGGAGGAGGAGGGUUAUUUGACGGAAGGUGACAAAGACAACGAAGAGGACGAUGGCGGCGAAGGAAGUGCAGGGGGCGAGGACGAGGAAGGUGAUGAGGACUUGAUGUCUGUGGCUGAUAGCGAGGUUGGGCGAAGGAUUCUGCCUCGACCACGUAGCCUGAGCUUUUCGCUCAGCGAUACCUCUGACGCAGUAGGAGAAUCUUCACCCCACGAUUUUCCAUCGACUCAAGUUACUCCUGCGAGCGCCACGUUGACUUCCCAAGAAGUACACCAACCUUUCCAGGUGACCGUUGCUUCUGAUACAGUGACUACAAGCAAACGAUUGUUGAACAACGAUACACGGAUGUCAGCUUUACCCAAGUCACAACCCUCCAAGAAAGCUCGUCUUGCCCCACCUCCAGCUACUUUGAACACGUCCCCACAAGAUGCACGUGGUAGCGGUAGCAGAAUUGCAACUGCAAUGAAGCAGGCAGCUGAAUCAAAGGCGAAAGUUGAGAAACUACGCCUGGAAUUUGACAAGGAGAAAUGGUCUAGCGAGGCUGAAAGACAAUCAGAUCAACAAGUCCUGCAACGGGAACGGCUAGCGUUCGAAAAGACCAAAUGGGAAAAGGAGCGCGAAGAUAGACGCUCUGAGCUUAAGCAGCAGCAACGAUUCAAUGUCUUAAACUCGUUAAUCGAGAAGGGUCACAGUGUCGAAGAAGCUGAAGCGUUCCUUAAGCUGCUUUAA